UUCUGUGCUCGUCAACCCACCGCAGGGAUCACACGGCCCAAUGGUCGCAGGCCAGUUUCUGCGAGCAUCCGAUCCCGCACCACUGGUCUUUCGUCUCUACUCUUUGCUUUGGUCCAUCCGUUGUGCUUCGCCUAAGGAGCAAACAGUCGGAGAAGAGAUUGUCUGGGGAAAUGCAUUCGGUUGAGAUCAAUUUGUUGAGGAUGAUGAAUGGUAGACUGUCAUCCUGUAACUGAUCGUGUAUAUGAGGAGUAGCAAGAUGGGAUCUUUAGCGCAUUGCAUCACGAUAUUCUACAAUUUCCAUCACUUGCACAGCUUUCUGACGCUGCUACAUAUACCAAACCUUCAAAAUGGCCAAUUUGAUCCCCGUUCCAGAUUGUGAAUCUUGCCGUUGAAUGGAGGAGGGAAGAAGGAAGAAGAAGCGAACGCCUGCAACCGGCCAAUUCGAGGCAGAGCCCGGAGAGAUGCAAGAAAUCGAGACAGCGGCCCUCGUGUCCAGGAUGAUCCCUCCAUGGUCCAAGCAAAUAACCCUGCGCGGCCUUGCCGCGAGCCUCGCCAUCGGGGUCAUGUAUACUGUCAUCGUGAUGAAGCUCAACCUUACCACCGGCCUCGUCCCCACCCUCAACGUCUCCGCCGCCCUCCUCGCCUUUGCCGUCCUCAGGUCUUGGACCAAGCUGCUGCACAAGAUUGGCAUCCUUUCAACUCCCUUCACGCGACAGGAGAACACGGUGGUGCAGACGUGUGCAGUUGCUUGCUACAACGUCGCCGUCGGUGGUGGAUUUGGAUCCUAUCUGUUGGGUCUGAACAAGAAGACUUAUGAGCAAGCAGGGAUGGAUACAGAGGGGAAUGUACCAGGUAGCUACAAGGACCCUGGCAUUGGUUGGAUGACUGCAUUUCUUUUUACUGUUAGUUUUGUUGGACUCUUGGCCCUGGUUCCUCUCAGGAAGAUCAUGAUCAUUGAUUACAAGUUAACUUUUCCAAGUGGCACUGCGACUGCCAUCCUUAUCAAUGGUUUCCACACUCCUCAAGGAGACAACGUAGCUAAGAAGCAAGUCCAUGGGUUUGCAAAGUAUUUUGCAGCUAGUUUCCUGUGGAGCACUUUCCAGUGGUUCUGCUCAGGAGGAGAUGGGUGUGGAUUCUCACAGUUCCCAGUCUUUGGGCUGAAAGCUUGGAAACAGACGUUUUUCUUUGAUUUUAGCCUGACAUAUAUUGGAGCUGGCAUGAUUUGUUCCCAUAUUGUGAAUCUUUCUCUCCUUCUUGGAGCAGUGGUUUCAUGGGGAAUAAUGUGGCCACUAAUAAGUGAACUUAGAGGAGAGUGGUACUCUAGUAGCUUACCCGAAAGUAGUAUGAGUGGUUUGCAAGGUUACAAGGUCUUCCUUUCAAUUGCACUAAUUGUUGGAGAUGGACUCUACAAUUUCCUAAAAAUUUUAGCUUUUACUGCCAGAAACAUGCAUGCUAGAGCAACACGCAGAAUGAUAAAAAAUGAGGCAGAUCAGGAUAAUCCAAUCCUUAAUGAUCUCCAACGUAACGAGGUAUAUAUAGAAGAGAGCAUACCAGUGUGGUUAGCCUACUCUGGGUAUGUACUGUUCACUGUGGUUUCCAUUGUUGUUAUUCCUUUCAUGUUCCCUGAGGUGAAGUGGUACUAUGUGGUCAUAGCUUACAUGCUUGCUCCAGCUCUUGGUUUCUGCAAUGCUUAUGGUGCUGGCCUAACAGACAUGAAUAUGGCUUACAACUACGGAAAAGUGUCUCUCUUUAUAUUGGCAGCUUGGGCUGGGAAAGACUCCGGUGUAGUUGCUGGACUUGUGGGCUGUGGCCUAAUUAAGUCCGUCGUUUCCAUUUCUGCUGAUCUGAUGCACGACUUUAAGACGGGUCAUCUCACUGUGACAUCCCCAAGAUCGAUGCUUCUUAGUCAGGCCAUUGGAACUGCCAUGGGCUGCAUUAUUGCCCCUUUAACCUUCUUUCUCUUCUACAAUAUCUUCGAUGUGGGGAAUCCAAAUGGAAAUUGGAAGGCUCCAUAUGCUCUGAUAUAUAGAAACAUGGCAAUUCUCAGUGUUGAGGGCUUCUCAGCACUCCCUCAUCAUUGUUUGCAGCUUUGUUAUGGUUUCUUUGGGUUUGCAGUGGUCGCCAACAUGAUGAGGGAUACUUUGCCAGCUAAGUACAGUGGUUGGGUUCCCCUACCAGUGGCCAUGGCAGUGCCAUUUCUAGUUGGAGCUAGCUUCACAAUCGACAUGUGUGUUGGGAGCUUGAUAGUGUUUACCUGGCACAAGUUAAACAGAAAAAAAGCUGCUCUAAUGGUGCCUGCUGUUGCCUCUGGUUUUAUCUGUGGGGACGGGUUGUGGAUGUUGCCUUCAUCGUUGUUAGCCUUGGCUAAGGUCGAUCCUCCUAUCUGCGUGAAAUUUGUGGCCAUAGAAUAGAUAUGCAAAAGAAAGAUCAUCUGAUGGAGUUGAAAGAUAUUUCAUGAGAGGAUCUUUUAGUUUGAUGUAUCACGAACUUCAACAAGUAAAUUAUACAGGAAGAGAAACAAAUACCAGCUUAGUUGCAGAGAGUCUGAGGAUACUCCAUUGAUUUGGUUUUUGGAGGGUGGAAAUCAGCAACACUCUUUGUAAUAGAUGAGAUAUUGCUCUUUACCCUUUCUCCCAGACAAAGGUACAGAAGAAUGCAUUGGUAAAGAUCUUUCUAUGUUGAAAUUAGAGUUUCGAUUCUCAAGUUAUUCAAACAGUAAACAGGCUUACAGUACACAUCUUUCCAUUCCUUCACAUUGUCAUACUGAUGCAAGCUGUUUAUACUUGGCGCCCGGCAGCUCCGCAACCUUCUUAUCGGAAGUUUCACUUGUGUCUUGGAUCAGACUAGAUAAUGUGGCAAGUCUCAGCAGUACUAAACAUGUACAGCUACACUGUGGAUCUACUAAUUUGAAUCAGGAGACAUCUUGAGUUA